CGGCGUCCACGACGAACAUCACGCCAUAUUCAUUCGCGUACCUACUCUUCCCAUUUAAUAUAAUAUUGAUAUUAUGUUCGUACACGCUCAUAAUAAUAAUAAAAAUUAUUAUUAUUAUUAUCGUAACACAUUAACAUAAUAUAUUAUCUAGAUUUGUUUUUCGUUAAUUUUGUUACCGACAACCAUCGAUCGCAAUCGUCGGUGUUAUAAUAUUAUUGUUGUUGUUGUUAAAUAACAACGAUGACGGUUUAAUGUUAUAUAUCGUAAUAAUAAAUUGCAUGGAGAUCCCAUUACAAUAAUAUAAUAAUUGAAUCACACAUUUGAUUAUUAGAUAUACACACCAUGGUACUAGACCAACAAAUUGUUCUAAGUAAUGGUAAUAGUUGCGAAAAUGAGGUUGAUGAAGACCUUGAGGAUGGAGAGAUUUUUGAUGAAGAAGAUGAUACUGAAAUGGGUGAAUCAAUUGAACAAAAUACAGAGCUUAAAGCAUCUAAAGAAAAUCGUAUUGCAGAGGGUGGAAAAGAAAAAGAUUUUGAACCUCCAUGGGAAAUGGAACAGAGACCUCAACAGUCGUCCCAUCAACAAAUGAUACACACUCCUUUACAUAAAAAUUUUUCUGGAUUUAAUAAUAGUAGACCCAGAGAUAGAUUCCCUAGAAAUAAAGGGGCUUUAAUGAAAAGAGAUGUUAGCUAUCAAAUGGAUGAUGAUAGGCCUAGACGUAAAAGACGAAGAUUUGAUCAGAAUGAUGAAAAAGAACAACCCAUGUUGAGAAAUAAUCAAAAUGGCUUAUUUAAUAGAAGAAAAAAUAAUGAGACACCAAUGGAACCUAUUGAGACUGGUAAUGAUGAAGAAAUGUCAUAUGCAAGAGGAACCAAUAGUCCUGACAUAUCUAAUUUUGAGUCAUUUCCUCAGGAAUUUGAAAAUGAAGAAGAAUUUCGUCCUUUGAAUAACUUUGGCCGCAGAGGUAGAGGAAGACGAGGCGGUGGUGGCAACGAUAUGGAUAGACGCAAUAGAGGUAUGCCUAUGAAAAGACGAAUGAUUGCAGGUUCAGGCAUGAAAAAUAAACGAUCUGAAGAUGAAGAAAAAAUUUGUCAAUAUUUUCUUCAAGGAAAAUGUCUUAAAGAAAAUAAUUGUACUUAUUCUCAUCAACAACCAAAUGGUCGAAAAAUGGAACUGUGCAAAUUUUAUUUAAUGGAUUGUUGUAGUAAAGAGGAUAGGUGUACAUUUAUGCAUAGCGAGUUUCCUUGUAAAUAUUAUCAUACUGGUAUGAAAUGCUAUUCAGGUGUAAAUUGUCGGUUUAGCCAUGCCAAACUCGACGAAGAACAAAAAAAAAAAUUAUUGAAGUCUUUUGGAAAAUUACGUUACGAUCCACCAGAGUAUGAAAAUGAAAAUGAAGAUUUUAAGAACAAUUUUGAAGAAGAACCAAAACCACCACCAGUUACAGAAAUUAAUUUUGUAUCUAAAAAUGAUAAGAGCAAAAUUCCAUCAUUAUUGGAGAUGCAAAUACCUGUACCUCCUGAAUUAAAAAGCACUGACAAAAACACAGAUGAAGAUUUAGAGGCUAAUAAUAAUAACAAUAACAGUAGUACACCAAUGCCAUCACCUUCUCGAGACGAGCCUAUGGUUGAUGACACUUUUGAAAUUAAUGAUGUUGAACCAGUACCAAGUAUGCUUCAAAAUAAUCGUCCAAUAUAUAAACCUAGGAAAUAUCAGAAACACAAAGAUAACAAAGAACGACAAAAACAAGAAAAGGAAAUGAAGAAGAAACAAAGAGAAGAAAGACAUGAAGAAAAAAGAAUAGAAAAAAACCGACAACGUAAAGAAGACUUAUCGAUACAGACCAAUGAUCAUCCUUUAUUAGAUGAUCUAAGCGAUGAUGAUGAAUUUAAUGAUCUUGUUAUUGAUGAAGAAAAAUUUCAAAGUGAUGUAAAAGAUCAAUUGUUACCAAAAAAACAGAAAGAACUUUUAAAACGAAUUCAAGUCCAUCAAAAAUAUUAUAAUGAAACAGAUAUGAGUGAAGAUCGUUAUAGUCAAGAGGAACAUUAUUCGAGUGAUGUUUCAGAAAAUUCAGUUUCUACUCCUAUAAAUAAUAAAUUAAAUAAUUUACAAAAUGAAGAAAAAGAACAGUCACCAAUAAAUUCUUCAUCUAAGUCAAACUCAUCAAAAGUUGAACAAGUUAAUCUUGAUAAAAUUACUAUAAGUGAUGAUAUGGCUAAACUCCUGAAUACCAUAAAAGCGUGCGUAGAUAAAUCAACAAUAGACCAACCUUCUCCAUUUCAUUUACCAGCAUUGGAACAACCAUAUAAUUUUGAAGAAACUAUUCAAGAAAAAAAAAAUAUAAUUGAAGAAUCUCCUGCUAGCCCUACUGCUAACGAUAGCUGUGCUGUGGAAUUAGGAAAAUCAGAUGUAGAUCUAAGACAACUGCCAUUCCAAUUUCCAGUAGCAGCAGCUACAGAGAUAGAUGCUUCUCUUGAUAGUCAUCCACCAAUGAAAUAUCAUAUGUCUCCAGCCCAAGUUUCUGUACCCGACUAUUCUAAAAUUCCACCUACGAUGGGAAUUGACGAUCCACGACUUCGACGUAGCAUAACAGCAGCAAGGGAUCCAAUGUUUAUUCAAAAUGCCCCUUCAACUGUUAGUGCAGUUACUGUUAGACCAGCAGCGGUGACCCAAAAAAGUGCUCCUCGUGAUCCUAGAAAACCACAACAAGAUGUUAACACUUGUGCAUCAGCUAUUCGUGCUCCACUUCUACCAACACCUAACCCACUACAACCACGCCCUAUGGAUAGUGAUAUGAGGCAUAUGCCACCACCUAUAAUGUGUCCACAAAUGAUGGCGGUACCAAAUGAUCCACGCAGGAAACCAAUGGUUCCUGGAGAUCCUAGGCAAAGACAUCGUUUUGACGUGGACCAAAGAAUAAAUAAUAUAAAUUAUUUUUAAUUUGAUGAUUAUUUAAUAAUGGUUAAACUUUAUCCUUCUUAAAUUAUCUAUACUUGGACUAUUGUUCAAAAAAAUGUUAAUAUGAUGUAUUUAUGUUGUAUAAUGUUGUAUACACUUAUGUAAUUACUUAUUAGUAAACAAUUUAA